AUGGACCGUUUUCAUCAUUCAGACGCGCUGUUGCCAUUGACUUGUUGCUAUGGGACGCACGUGCCUGUCGAUCGUUGUUCAAAGCAUGGAUCGAGGGACCUCGGAAAUCUCGGCAGGUUCUCCAAGACAGACAAGCUGCUCCUAGGCGUUUUGCCUGCAGGGCUCUGUACUGUUAUUAUGCGGCUUCCAGACCGGACCCUGGAUGAUUCAGAACAUUCCAAAAUCUUCCAAAAUCUGUGGAGUAGAGGCGUGCGCAUGAACCGGUUGCAAAACAUGGGCUUCGAUCGCGGAUCUGUAUACCAGAUCAAGAUCCAAAAACAUGGCUCGGGGCCCGGGACCCACAAGCCGGUAACCUGUCAGACUCACCAAUGCAACUUGCAGCAGGGUCACCACCGAGUACUGUGGACGAUCGAGGUCCUUGCUGCAGCUGAGCAAGCCUACUGCCCUGGUUUUGUGACCUGUCAGUUACCGGAACAAUCACGCGAGGCCCCGAGAGCCUGGUUCACCCAGCCGCAAGUAACUCCCAAGUACGGUAAUACCCUCGCGAGACUCGAGAUCCUGCGUAGGGAUGCCUUGGGCUUAUUUGCCUGGGAUCUCAUCAUCGAAGAAGAAGAAGAAAAAGGGCGCCUCAGUCUGUGGAUCCCCCGCGCACGCAAGCGGGAGCCCUUGCAGCUCGAUACAGAGAUUAGCGAGAUCGGGAAGCGGGAACUACAGUACAGCUCAAUGAGAAGAAGAUCGUCUCGUGGAGAGUAG